AUGAAAAUUAAUAUUAACAAAUCAAUUGAUGGCCAAACAAGUAGUGUUGAAAAUAUUAGUAAAGAUAAGUGCAUUGAAACUACUAAUAAUAGUCAACACUUGAAUAAUGUUAAUAACAAUAAAUCAAUUGGUUGUCAAACACAACAAUUGGAUAGUCUAUUAUUGUUGGACACUUGGACACAAACUACUCAUGAGUUAGUAGUUAAUAGUUGUAAAUCAAUUGGUUUGCAAACCACUAGUAGUAGUAGUAGUAAUGACCAACUUUUAAGCGAUGAUAAGUGUUGUAACAAACAAUCGUCAAAUAAAGUUAUCAUUAAUUUGGAUGCAAACGAUAGCUAUAACAACAACAACAACAGUGAUGGUGUUGUUGCUGAUGAUGAAGAAGAUGAUGAAGAAUUGAUGGUUAAUAAUAGACAACGAUCUUUGAUUACUAAUCAAAAGACAACUAAAAUUGUCUAUAAAUUUCAAUGCGAUUGGUAUGACUGUAACAAACGUUUUAUCAAUGGAUAUGUACUUAAUAGACAUAGAAAUAGACAUCAAUUGGAUAGGGAUUUGAAUGAUAAUAAUAAUAAUAAUAAUGUCGACAACAAUAGUGGUGUCACUAAACAACAACAACAUAUCAUACAAAAAAGUCAAAGAACUGGAGGAAGAAGAGGUAGAAAACCAUUGAUGAUGAAGAAGAAGACUAAAGUGAUAGUUAAGAAAUUAAGACAAUCGACAACAACAACAACAAAAACAUUGAAUACGAAGACUAAAACCGGAAAUAAAUAUCAGUGCGAUUGGGAUGACUGUACGAAACGGUUCCGCAAUCAAUACAUACUUAGUAUGCAUAAAAAUAAACACCAAAAGGAUAGGGAUUUGACUAACAAUAGCGGUGUCACUAAACAACAUAUUACACAAACACUUAUCGGUCGUCAAAGAGGUAGUAGAAAGACAUUGAAGAAUAAACUGAAAGACAAGAAUCAAUCGAAAGACAAGAAUCAAUCGAAAGACAAGAAUCAAUCGAAAGACAAGAAUCAAUCGAAAGACAAGAAUCAAUCGAAAGACAAGAAUCAAUCGAAAGACAAGAAUCAAUCGAAAGACAAGAAUCAAUCGAAAGACAAGAAUCAAUCGAAAGACAAGAAUCAAUCGAAAGACAAGAAUCAAUCGAAAGACAAGAAUCAAUCGAAAGACAUGAAUAAACUGAAAGACAAGAAACAAGUGAAACAAACAGUACUGAAGAAGAAGAAGAAGAAGAAGAAAAGUAACGAAAAAUUAAAAGAAUCGUCAAUUGAUUUCAGAAAACAAAGUAAACAUACAAAACAUUUGUAUACAAAACAAACUGAUGGCACGUAUCGGUGCCAAUGGGGUGAUGGCUGUACGCAAACAUUUACACAUAUACGACAAAUUUAUUUUCAUCUGACUAAACAUCGAGGAACCUAUAGGUGCAAUAUCAACGACUGUACGUUUUCGGCCUGUGCUCCCAGUCAAUUGAAAUUACAUCAAUCGACACAUGAAUGUAAUGGUAAAAACAAGAUAUUGAAGAGGAAGAUGAAGAAUCCAUUGAAAGAUAACAAUAAUAAUAAUAAUAACAAGAAAAAAGUGAAGACAACUGUCUCUAAAACAACACCAACAACACUGUCCGUCAAUCGUAUGAAAGCCGCCGACAAAUUGAUUACAGCAGAAAAAUGUCGCGAAACUGAUGGCACCUAUAGGUGUCCAUGGGUUGGCUGUACGGAAACGUUUGGUACCAAACAGUUUCAAUUGUUUCGCAAACACUAUGGCAAACAUCAUCAGCAACUUGUUGUCUACAGGAACAGCUGCAGCAACAGUGAUGAUGAUGAUGACGCCGAUGAUGAUGAUUGUGAGACCAGUUUAUUAGCUACCGAUCCGGCAUUAGUGAAAUCAUCAGCAAAUGAUCAGACAAUGCAGAUAACAAACAACACUACCAUUACAGCCGUCGAUGACGAUGAUUGCGGUGACAAGUCGUCGUACAAAUGUGACGACUGUGACCCGAAACGGCUAUUUUCGACCAGACAUUUGCUAAAUAUGCACCGUUUGCUCGUACAUCCAAUCGACUCCUUAGACCACCAACACAACAACAACAUCAACGGUGACUAUAUGAUGAUGAAAUGUCCGGUAAUUGGUUGCACCUAUCAGACAAAACAGGCCCUACAACUCGAUCGACACCAACGGAUCCGACACCACAAACUCAAAACAACUCAAUCCAGGCGACGACAAACAACUGGCAAUAAUAAUAAGUUUGAAUGCGAUUAUAAGGGUUGCAAUAAAAUGUUUUCGCGAAAACAACUAUACGAACAGCACAGGCGUCGAGCACACGGUGGUACUGGUGGUGGCGGCGAUGCUGACACACUCAAGCAUAACAACUCGGGUAGGUUUGGCUGCCAAUGGCCCGCUGGUUGUGACCAACGUUUUCCGACAAAACUCGAAAUGUUGCGACACAUGACCGUACAUACGGGUGUCACUGUCUAUCGGUGCCAGUGGCCCGACUGCGAUAAGACAUAUCAACUAAAUGGCAAUUUAAGCAGACAUAUAGCCAUCAAACAUAAACAACAACAAAAUGGUUAGCCAUUACCGGUAGUCCAGUCCAUGGAUGGAUAGGGGA